CGGGGUCGGGGGAGGGGGCAGCAUGGCCUGUCCGUCCGGCCCCCUUCGCCGCGCUCCUCAUCUGCCCCGCGCCGAGCGCCGCCGCCGCCGCCGCCGCCGCUCCGCUGCCCGCGCCGCCCGCGGCUCCCGAUGGAGACUGACGCGCCCCAGCCCGGCCUCGCCUCCCCGGACUCGCCGCACGACCCCUGCAAGAUGUUCAUCGGGGGACUCAGUUGGCAGACUACGCAGGAAGGGCUGCGUGAAUACUUCGGCCAGUUCGGGGAGGUGAAGGAGUGUCUGGUGAUGCGGGACCCCCUGACCAAGAGAUCCAGGGGUUUCGGCUUCGUCACUUUCGCGGACCAGGCGGGGGUGGAUAAAGUGCUGGCGCAGUCGCGGCACGAGCUCGACUCCAAAACAAUUGACCCCAAGGUGGCCUUUCCUCGGCGAGCACAGCCCAAGAUGGUGACUCGAACGAAGAAGAUCUUUGUGGGGGGGCUGUCGGUGAACACCACGGUGGAGGACGUGAAGCAGUACUUCGAGCAGUUCGGGAAGGUGGACGAUGCCAUGCUGAUGUUUGACAAAACCACCAACCGGCACCGAGGGUUCGGGUUUGUCACGUUUGAGAGCGAAGACAUCGUGGAGAAAGUGUGUGAAAUCCACUUCCAUGAAAUCAACAACAAAAUGGUGGAAUGUAAGAAAGCUCAGCCAAAGGAGGUGAUGUCGCCGACGGGCUCAGCCCGGGGGAGGUCUCGAGUCAUGCCCUAUGGAAUGGAUGCCUUCAUGCUGGGCAUCGGCAUGCUGGGUUACCCAGGGUUCCAAGCCACGACCUACGCCAGCCGGAGCUACACAGGCCUCGCCCCUGGCUACACCUACCAGUUCCCCGAAUUCCGUGUAGAGCGGACCCCUCUCCCGAGCGCCCCAGUCCUCCCCGAGCUCACAGCCAUUCCUCUCACUGCUUACGGACCCAUGGCGGCGGCGGCGGCAGCGGCGGCUGUGGUUCGAGGGACAGGCUCUCACCCCUGGACGAUGGCUCCCCCUCCAGGUUCGACUCCCAGCCGCACAGGGGGCUUCCUGGGGACCACCAGCCCUGGCCCCAUGGCUGAGCUCUACGGGGCGGCCAACCAGGACUCGGGGGUCAGCAGCUACAUCAGCGCCGCCAGCCCUGCCCCCAGCACUGGCUUUGGCCACAGUCUUGGGGGCCCCUUGAUUGCCACAGCCUUCACCAAUGGGUACCACUGAAGCAGGGGACAGGUGGCAGGAGCCCCCAGCCUGCAGCUGACUGAGGACCACGAGUGAGCCAGCGAGGGGGUGGGGACACCUCAGCCGCAGCCGCCGCCCCCUCCCCCGCAGCGACUCGGACCCGCUACUGCCUGCCCCCACUCCCCGGGCCCGGCCCCUGCCCUGCCGCCCCGACUGCGUCUGGCUCCCCUACUAACCGCCUUCUCCUCGCCCUCGCCCUGCUCACCUGCCCCGCUCCCUGCCCGCUUUUAUUUAUUUUGGAUUAGCCGGUCCCCCCACCCAACUCCUGCCUGGGGUCUGUGCCCCUUCCCCCCAACACCGACCGCUGAGCCCUCCCCCCCGCCCCGGACGCCCCCUCCCCAGAAGGCUUUUGUAUUUGUGCAUAGCUAGAGUGAGGGCGAGGGCGCCUGCUACAGGCUGCACCCCAACCCCGAGGUUUUUAUUCAGAUUUUUCCCUCCUUUUAUUUUUUUUUCUUCUUUCUUUCUUUUUCUUUUUUCUUUUUUAAAGAAGCCGUUUUUAAACUAUUUCUAGGUUUGUGAAUGUGAAGCCCCAGGCCGCAGGGGGCAAGGGGCCAGGUGCCCCCCCACCAGCUGAGAACAAAGCGUCCCUGUAGGCGCGGGCCCCUGGCCGCAGAGAGGAGGCCGGGCUGCGGGGAGGCCAGGCCGAGCCCCUGGAACAACCCGACCUGUAUCAUAUGUAAAUACUGCGAGGCGGAGACCCCGGGCGAGGGCCCGCCUCGCCCCACCCUCUCUGUCCACUCCGCAGACACCGUUACUGUAAGCUCGCGGUUCCGGGCAGGCCCACUCCCCCAGGCCCUGGGGGUCAAGGCCUCGGCCUGCUCACCCCACAGCCCCAGUGUGGGGACGAGCGAGGAGAGGGCCGGCCCAGAGCCGCGGCUGGAAAGGAAUGAACUCUCCAAAGGUCUCCGCUCGCUCGGAGCCGUGCUGCACCCCGCGGUUGGGUGGCGGCGGCGGGGGGCGCUUGGGCGAGGGGCGCGCCCCCAGGGGAAGCCAAGGGCUGCUCAGGGAACCCCCACAUUCUCUCACCGAAGUUUCCCGCCGGGAUGGUCCCGUGGCCAGAGCCCCUUUCAGAGGAAGAGGAGAGACUCGGGAACGCGGGGGCCCUGGCUGGCAGGGCGCCCGCUGCCUUGGGCGAGCCCCUCGGGGGACCCCCCUCCGCCCCCGGGCCUGAGAUGGGGGGCCUCCGCGCCCCUCCCUGUGCCGGUGCCCGCCCCCCGAGAGCCCCCUUUGGAGAGUUAACCGUCUGUGUGAGGUGCUUAACCUACUAGCCCUGAGAACACAAAGCAAUAAUCUUUGUUACUGAGAUGCGCGGCUGUUUGUGUUUUUGGUUUUUUUUUUUUUAAAUGUUUCCUAAUAAAAGAGAAGCUGCAUUUUAUUGGUUUUUAUUUUUGAUUUUCUACACAUUUGAGCUGAGUCCUGAUGGACUUUGCUCCCCUCCUCUCCCCCACCCGUGACCCCCUCCCAUUCUACCGGGCCCUGCCGUGGUGGGCUCAGGGCCCUGGAAUUCCGUUUUCUGUGUUUUGUGUUUUUUUUUUUUUUUUUUUUUUAAAGAUGUUACAUGGUGUUUUGAAGCCAGCAAGUUACCACCCACCGGUGUCUCUUCUCCACAUCUGUGACUUCUUUUUCCAGGUUUUAUUUUCAGUUUUAAAUUCCUAAUAAAUUAUUUGAAAAUGGU